CGGGUGGCUCGCGGCAAGCGCGCAGCUAUGAGGGAACACAUAGACGCCAACGAUGAGCGCGACGCGGAGGCAGAGGAGGAUGCGCAGGGUGAGGAAGACAAAGACGAACAUGCAGAAGUCUCUGGCGAAGAUGAUGAGGAGGACCAAGACCAAGGCGGGGACCCGUCACGCAGGAAGCGCGCCAGAGUGAACACCGAGGGCGACUCGCUUGCAACUGGCAGCGUCCCGAAGGUCGAAAAGCGCAGGCAGACACUUCCGCGGGAUGUCGACGGCUUCAUUCCUGGCUCUAUCGUCCGCAUUCAGCUAGAGAACUUCCUCACCUACGACUGGGUAGAGUUUCGCCCAGGCCCUCACCUCAACAUGAUAUUCGGACCCAACGGGACGGGAAAGAGCUCUAUCGCCUGCGCCAUCUGUCUUGGCCUAAACUUCUCGCCCGCCCUUCUGGCACGCGCGCCUGAUCUGAGCUCAUACGUCAAGAACGAAAAGACGGAAGGAUAUAUCGAGAUAGAACUCAAAGGCAUGAAGGGGAAGGGUAACCUCGUCAUUCGCCGUAACCUCCAGAGAGGUUCGAAGAGUGCGCCUUUUACUUUGAAUGGCAAAUCCGCCUCUGGCAGGGAGGUCAGCGCGCGUAUGGCGGAGCUGAACGUUCAAGUCGGCAACCUCUGUACUUUCCUGCCUCAGGACCGGGUGGCAGAGUUUGCGCGCAUGUCCCCCCAAGAGCUUCUCAAACAGACACAGCUCGCCGCAGGAAACGAGCAUCUGACGGCUUGGCACGACACGCUCAUUACCUCGGGAAAGGAGCUGAGGCGGGAGCAAGAGCUUGUGGACGCCGACAAAGAUCAGCUGAAGACCAUGGAGGAUCGCAACGCCAACUUGGAGCGUGACGUUCGCCGAUACGAAGAACGCCGUGCUCUUGAGCAGCAGAUCGAGCUCUUGGAGUUCAUUGUGCCCAUCAAGGAGUACUACGAAGCUCGCGAGAAGUACCGCAUCAUGAAGCCCCAGCAACGCGAGGCGUUGAGGAAUCUCAGGAAGCUCGAGGCGCGAAACAAGCCCUAUCUCGACAUGGACAAGGCCCUCGAAGUGGAGCUGAAAGAGCGCGAGAGGCAACGCGAAGCCCUGAAGCAAGCCACCAAGAAGAAGUUCAAGCAGAUGUCCACGAAAUGGGAGGAGAACGAGUGUCUGGAACAUGAGGCCGAGAACCUCAAGAAUCAGCUCGAUGGUCUGAAGCAGAGGGAGAAGAACCGUGUCGUCAACAUCAAGAAACAGGAAAAGUUGAUAGCGGACUGCGAGGCGACGCUCGCGAACCCUCCCCCUAUUGAGGACCUCGACGACUUGAACAGGCAGCUGAGGGAGCUUUCUCAGAACAACCACUCAACGCGUCAGCGGCUGUCGGAUUUGCAGGAGCAACAACGCGAAAACGUCAACAAGAGUAGCCGGUGCAGGCGUGACAUCGAGCAGAUCAACCGGAGCUUGCAUCAGCUCGACAGCCAGUCGCACCAGAAGCUACAGCAACUGAAGACUCAAGACCGUGAUGGCGGUGAGGUCGUUGAGUGGCUGCGCAACAACAAGGACAAGUUCCGGAUGGAAAUCUUCGAGCCUGCCGUAUUGUGCAUGACGGUCCCGAACAGGGCAUACGCUGAUGCAGUCGAGGCGUGUUUCGGUGGUUCGCAGCUCAAGACGUUUGUAGCUCAGUGCGAGGAGGAUUAUCGACUCUUGAACAGACUCUGCGUCGACACGCCAGAGGCGAUCGGUCGCAAAGCGCGUAUCAACACCUGGUACAAAGCAAAGGACGAGUCCAGGCUUGCCCCACCACCGGCGUCCCGCGAGCAGCUUCACGCACUUGGGUUCGACGGUUAUGCUCUGGACUUCGUCGACUGCCCCGAGGGUCUCAAGUGGUUCCUGCAGUCUGAUGUCAAGUUGCAUCGCUCCGCGAUCGCGCUCGGAUCGAACGUCAAUAUAAAUCACGCAUCGGACAUGGCUGCACGUUCGGGAGGUGCGAAUUACAUCGUCCAAAACGUCAUGUACACCGUCUCCCGGUCCAAGUACGGCAAGCGCCUCCCGCAGACGGCGACACGCGGGGUGUUGCCCGCCAGGCAUUUUACCGCUGCCACUGUUGACCCGCAGAUCAAGCGCAACCUGCAACGCCAGCUUGCGGAGGCUCAAGAGCACUUGAGGCUGGUGGAAGUAGAGGAGCGCGAGUUGUCCAAUGUGGACAAGGAGAUCCAGGCAGCUCACAAGGCGUACAAAGAGGCGCAUGAUAGUCUCAACACGCGCAAGAAUAAUGUUCUGGACGCGCAGAAGACACUGCGGGCGGUCCAGAUCAAGCUUGAGAGAGAGCAGAAGAAACUAGAUGAACUUCUGCACGCUAAGCCGGCUGAUGUUGAACGCAACAACCUCAAGCAGCGACUGCUCACGCUCGCAUCGAGGCGUGUCGGGAUCGUCAGGGACUACGUUGGCCUCAUGCGCGCCGCUAUUCAGGAGCAAGAGCAGGCUACCCGGGCCGGUCUCGAGUACCUCCAGGUGGCCGCGAACAAGGCCGCGCUCGAGCUUCUGUGCAAGGAGCAGAAGGACCAGCUCGCAGAGGCGGAUGCCCACGCUCGGAACAUUCAUGCGCAGUUUAAGGCCGCCAAGGACGAGUCGAAGCGCAAGCUCGAGGCCAGCAGGACCAAGUUCGCCGAGAUGGACGCCGACGUCCAGGAGCGGUUCCAGGCUAUGGAGAGUGCAGGGGAGAUCGAGACCAAGACUGCGGAGGCCUGGGAGGCCGAUCUUCAACAGUGCCGCGAGGAGCUCGACAUGAACAUGAACACUAAUGGCAACGUUGUCGAGCUGUACAACAAGCGCAAGGCUGAGAUCGAGACCCUCACCGAGACCAUCGAGGAGCGGGAGAAGCGUAUACUGCGCAUCGAGCAGAGCAUCGGCACUGCCAGGGAAAACUGGCAGCCGGAGCUGCAGAAGCUCGUCGACAGCAUUGGCGAGAAGUUCUCGCGUGCCUUCGACCGCAUCGGCUGUGCAGGCGAGAUCCGCAUCCGCGAGGAUGAGGAUUACGACAAGUGGGCGAUCGACAUCAUGGUCAAGUUCCGCGACCACGAGAAGCUGCAGCUCUUGACGGGCGAGCGGCAGUCCGGUGGUGAACGCUCCCUGACGACGAUCCUGUACCUCAUGAGCCUGACCGAGGAGGCGCGCGCGCCGUUCUCGCUCGUGGACGAGAUCAACCAGGGCAUGGACCAGCGCGCGGAGCGCGCGGUGCACAACUCGCUCGUCGAGGUCACCUGCCGCCCCGAGAGCGGGCAGUACUUCCUGAUCACGCCGAAGCUGCUCCCGGACCUCAACUACCACGAGCGCAUGAAGAUCCUGUGCGUGAACAACGGCGAGUGGCUGCCCGAGGAGAAGGGCCUCGGCAACAUGAUGGGCCUCAUCGACCACUACGUGCGCGUGCGCCAGAACCGCGGCAACGCCUCUGCGUAGCCGUCUUCCUGUUCCUGCGUGUUGCGCGCGGGUAUUCGACUGGACAUUGUUUCGUGGGCUCCGUUCUUUGCUUACUCUACUUCUAGACCCAGGUAUAACCGGUACUUGUAAAUCGCAUGUUGUUCUCAUAUCGUACUGUGCUAUGUAGUCAGCCUCCGUCGAAUCCAUUCUGUUCUUAC